UGAGAUUGCCUCAGACCCAUCAUCAUUAUUUUCUUCUCCUCAUUCAGAAAAAUCAAUCAAAACCCCAAUUUUCAAGAAUCUCUCUCCCAUCACUUUCUUCAACCCUAAUUCCAAUCCCCCUCCAAUAUUUCUCUUCACCAAAGAGAGAAAAUAAAUAAAUAAAUAAAUCAUGGCAGCUUUUUCAUCAUCAUUUCAGCAUCUCGACGCAUCAUCAUCAUCAGUCUUCCUGUCAAGGCCAAACUCCUCUUCAUCUUCGUCUCCCUCCACCACCAUUAAUAGCAUGUGUGCCCUUUUCCAUGAUCCAAACAAUGCCUUAUCCCAUCAAUUCCACCACCUUCAUCAUGGUACAACACCCUCUUCCUCAAAUAAUAAUAUCAAUGAUUCUCCCCCUUUAAAUGCUGCUGCUGCUACCAACAAGAACAGCAUGGAUUCCUCAAUAUCUGUCGUCACCCACAAAAACCGCCAAACCAAGAAGAGGAAAUCCAAUUCUGCUCAGUCCAAGGAUAUGAGAGAAUUAGUGAAAGGGAAGAAGCAGAAGAAAGUGAAAGAUUGUGAAGAGAAGAAAGAAGGUGAAGAAAAAGGUUAUAUUCAUGUAAGAGCAAGGAGGGGCCAAGCAACUGAUAGCCACAGCCUUGCUGAGAGGGUGAGGAGGGAGAGAAUUAGUGAGAGAAUGAAGCUACUACAAGCUCUUGUUCCUGGUUGUGACAAGGUAACUGGAAAGGCCCUCAUGUUGGAUGAAAUAAUAAACUAUGUCCAAUCACUCCAAAAUCAAGUUGAGUUUCUUUCAAUGAAGCUUGCAUCUGUGAAUCCCAUCUUCUAUGAUUUUGGUAUGGACUUGGAAGCAUUCAUGGUAGGACCUGAUCAUCAGAAUUUAAAUAGCUUGGCAUCACCAUUGCCAGCAGGCAUGCAAGAAUGCAGCCCCACAACAGCCAAUACCUAUCAUGUCUUAGAUAAUUCUGUUAAUUCUCUUCUCUUACACCAAUCCCAAAUUCCAAAUGCUCUACCCCAGGGUGAUAGACAGGUUUUGUGGGAAGUGGAUGAGCAAAGACAGAAAAAUAUUAAUCAGUCAGGAAUCAUCAACAACUUGUUUUCUUUCCCAUUGAUGUAAUUAAAAACCCAACAUCAUCUGUCCUACAACCAUCUGAUGGUUUUGAUCAAAGAAAAAGGAGCAAAGGAUAGUAAUUAAAUCAAAGGCUGGUUAUUCUUGUCUGCGGUAUCAAUUCCUAAUGUGGAGAAGUGGUGAAAGAAAUUCGAAAUCUUGGAGUCAGAAAUCAAUGGAGCCGACCAAAUAUCAGCAAAUCUUUCUCUUUUGAGAUCCUUUGUUUCCAACAAAAUUUCUGCACCCAUAAUUAAGGUUGUGGUGGUUAGAAUUUUAUAGGGGGUUGCUAGUGGUCAAGAAUAUUGUAUUAUUGUUGUAAAAAAGCAGGAAUAUUUUUGGAUAUGUAUUUGGUUGUUAAUUAUUUUAGUGUACUUUUAUUUUUUGUUUUUUCUUUUGUUUUCAUAAGAAAGACUGUUCCGGUGAGUCUGUUAUUACAGUUAAUCUUACAGUUAUGGGUUUCUUUUCUUGCCCAUUUCCUGA